CUAGCGCCGUCUUUUCUUCCCUCUCUUCCUCUCCUUCUCCCUCGUCGUCUUCAACAAAAUCCCCAAAAAAAAAGCAAAAUACUUUCUGACUUUUCCUCUUCUUUUCUUCUUUCUUUUCGUCUGAUCUAAUUAAACCCAAAAUUGAAGCAUUUUGAUGUAAUUAAACCCUAAAUGGAAGGCAAAGCAGAAGGGCUAAGCUCAAAUUUGAGGCUAAUAAUGGAGAAAGGUCCAUUGGAGGGCCAAACCCUAGAGUUCAUACCGGGAUCCAAGAUCCAAGUCGGUCGAAUAAUUCGCGGGAACACGAUUGCCAUCAAAGACGCCGGGAUUUCUACUAAGCAUCUGGCAAUUAGUUUUGAAGACAAGUCUGGAAAUUGGAGCUUAUCAGACCUUGGGUCCUCCAACGGCACUUUUUUGAACGGUAAUGGUCUUGAGCCUUUUUCUUCAGUGCAGCUCUCCGACGGCGAUGCGAUUAAGAUAGGUGAGUAUACUUCGAUCCAAGUUGAAAUUCGUGCUACGGUGGAGGCGGAGGAGAUUAAAGUGAGGAGAAAUCCCACGAGGCGGAGGGCUGGGAAAUUAGGGGUGGUUGAUGAAAGUAGUGAGUUGCGAUUUGGGGAGAAAAAUGAGGAUAAUGAGAAUGGGAGGUGUCAAAUGGGGAAAGGCGAGGGGGUUUUGGAAAUUAGUGAAGUUUUGGGUUCUAAGGAUUUGAAUGAAGGGGACAAUGAGAAAAUGGAUAAUUUAGGGAGAAAAGAGAAUUUGAGGAGGACUCGAAGCAAGAACAAGGAGGGAACUUUGGAAGAUAAAAUUGGAGUUGGAAAUGUUGGGGGAAAUGAGAAUGUGGGGCGAGGCGAGGCUGUGGCAAAAUUGAGACUGAGGAGGGGUAGGCGUGCAAAAAAGGAAGAGGGAUUAGGGGUUUGUGCAGACACUAAUCAGAAUGUUGCUGAUGGGGUGGAAGGAAAGCAAGUGCAAGUACAGAGUUCGAAGAGGAUUACUAGGAAUACGAGGAAGGGAGGAAAUUUGGAGAGUAAAGAAAUAGAAAAGGUUUUGACAAUUCCUGCAGUGAAGGAUGAGGAAAAUAUCAGUGUUAAGAGGGUUACUAGGAGUGCAGUGGAAGAGGGAAAUGUAGAGAAUCUUGAAGAACUGGGUAAUAAAAAUACCAAGAAAGGUAGAAGGGGGCGGAGAAAUUUGAAGGUGGAGACUCCGAUUGAUACUGUUAAGGAGGAAAUUGUAAAAGCAGUUGAGACAAUUGAGAUAGUGGGUUUGGAGGUGAACAAGGAUUAUCCAGUGGAGGAGGUGUUGGAAGAGGAGGAAGGUAGAGUUGUUGAUGGGAUGCUAGUGAAAGGGGGAAGGAAUUCUGGUAUGUCGGAUUCUGGUGCAUUGGGACGUUUGUCUGAGGUUAAAAAUGGUAAUUCGUCCGUGCUGGAUUUGGAGAAGAUGACUCUAGGGGACUGGCUCGACUACUUGGAGGUCCAUUUGCCAAAGCAAAUUGUUGACGAUACAGAAGAGAUGAUAUUGGGCAUGCGACAAAAAGCUGAGAAAUUUCAUGAGUUUAUGAUACAACAGAAGAAUUCCAAAAAGCAAGGUUGAAUUGCUUCUGGAGUAGCUUCAAAUAGGAUGCAAUGAAGAACCUUUGUGGUCAAAUGCCGGCAUCCCUCGAAUAGAAUGUUAAAACAUGAGAAACAUAGCAGUCUUUACCAUAAUGAUAUCCAGGUAAAUGAACAAGAUGAAAUAUUUUAAUAGACUCCACGCUUGUAAAACAGGAGCCCACUAAUAAAUGAAACCAGAAAGGACUUUGUAAAAGAAAAGAAAAAUGAAUAAUGAUCCCUACUCAGGUUAGUGAAACCACAAAUGAGGGCUUCGUUCUUAUAUUCUCUCUAUCUAUCAGUCAAUUAUCAUAAGAGGCAUAUGAUUGACGACUGCACACAUCACUUUAAUCACUAUACAAGAAAUCUUACGGAGAGCGGUCUACUUUAUCUGUUGGUCCUCUGGGUUUGAGUCAAGUAUCGAAAUACAAUUUUUUUAUUAUGCUGGUUGAGGUUUUGUAAGCAAUUUGGUUGCCCCCUAAUGAAAUGUUAAAGCAUUUAAAUGGAACUCGGUCAUGUCAAGUGAAUUUUUUGUCAAGAAUGUUCGACUGAUAAAAGACUGAGGUGCUCGGGUAAGUUGUGCUCUUUGUCAAAGAGCAAGUCUUUUGUCAUUGAAACUGCUUCUUUUGCUAUAAGGGGCAAUUUUCCGUUGAGGAAAUUACAAUCGUUUUUGCUGCAAAAUUUUUGUACUACAUGGUGAGGUCAAUGGCAAAACAUUCUUCUCCGAAUAGGUAGUUGUUUGAUAAUGUCUCUCUCCAACUUGCUGCAGUAAAUUUUAGAAAUAUUUUCUUUGCUAAAAGUACAACUAAGCCACCAUUCGAUGUACAGUAAUUAAUCGUGAGCAAUGCUAUCUUAUAAAGACUUAAAUGAGAAGAAAUUACUUUAGUGUAUUGUACUUGUGCACAUAUGAACUGUCAUCCCACUCCCAAAUUGUCAACCUUACCCUCUGUUCCUCUUGGUUACUUUUCAAUGUCCACAAGGGGUAAGCUGCCAUGAUGAAAGUUCAGCCAGUUCCACUUUAGAUCAGUGCGUUCAUCUAACUAUUGAUAUGUGAACUGAAAAAUGAAAAUUCCAUGUGUGGCUCUGUGUUGGCCUUCGCUCUCCAUUAUCCAUCUUUGGUUCCCCUGUGACAUAGGCACCUGUGCUUGAAAGUUCUUAAGUUUGAUUUGGUUAGGUGUUAGUACUUUGAUUUUGCAGUUUUUUUUUGGGAACCUAGUUUUUUCAAAAUGGUGAAAACUGACUUGAGUAAAAUUUAGUUUAUUCUAUCAGUUGCAUGAGGCAGGCAUUUAUCUGUCUACAGCCUUAAAUCUUAACAUGCUUAAUCUUUUGAUCAUGUCUAUCUAGUGAUGUAUAUUCUCAAGAGUGUGGUUUGUCUUCAGAACUCUUCUUGGCACUUGGUUAUUUACUGGAUCCACCUUUCAGGUUUAGGUUUUGCUGCGUUUUAAUUCUUGCUGUCUGUGAUUAUUGUCCAUCCAGUUAGUUGUCUUUGUUUCCUUUUGUUGGGUUGGUUGAACAGUUAUAUAUUAGUAUCACGUCUAUCAGUGCUCUACUUCCAUGAUAUCCUACUGGUUUGCAUUUGCAUUUUCAAUCUGAUUUCAUCUGAAUAUCUUUGCUUGAUCGUGCAUUAUUUGCAGCUUAAAUUUCUCAAGUCGUUUAGUCUAAUUUUUAUGCCGGUUUAAGUUUCCAUUUUGCUUGAUAUUAUAAUUAAUGUUUUGCCUUGAAGGUAAUUCUUCAAUUUGUGGUUGAUAUGCUCCUUUUUUUUGGGAACUAUUCUUGGCUCAUUCCUUACAUUGCCAUCUUCUGAUUAAAAUUUUCUUUUUCUUUUUUUUUUCCAGCCUGUAUCACUUGAAUGUUUUGUCGUUUCCGUUAUAUGUAAAAAUCAGAGAACUUCUAAAAGGCUUCCAAGCUUAGAGAAGCAGUUAAUCAAUGAGAUUAUAGUCAUUCCACAAAUUAACCACCAAGCAACAUCAUGUCGUGUGUCAAAUACUGUGUUCCAACAAGUAUUUAUUGGUGAUGUAAAAAUGAUACUAUCUGGUUGGCAACUAAGAAUGUCAUUUCACUUAGGCUCUAACUUCUCAUAUUGUUGUUUGCAUUUUUUGCUCAAAUGUUUCUUUGAAGACUCUUCUGCAAUUUUUUCCUAUCAUCAUUUUUUUGGUGGUGCAGAAUGAAUCUUGUGAUGCAAUAUCUCUUGAAUGGUAUUAUGGAGGUUCUCCAGCAAGGUUCUUUUUGGACACUGACCUUUUGUGUAUCUAUUUUUCUGAAUAGUCUAGCAAGUAAGCUGACAAAAUCUAAUAAUUUGUCUAGUUCUGUUAAAGUUAGUUGAUGAACAGCUUAUCUUGUAUAUUUAGCAUGGUGCUGCUUCCUGGUGGAAAGACGAGUAAGCGGUUAAAUUGCAGCGGUCAUGCUCAGUUCAUGUAAAUAUAAAUAUUCUCUAAAAGGGCAGUUUCUUUCAGUUCAAUCGUUUUACGUUCAAUA